AUUAGGUGUCGUUUAGCACAUUUCUAUAUGAAACGCGUUAUUCUAACAGUAGCCAAAUUAAACAACAAAGAAGACGAAAUAUUCAUUAAUACCUAUAUACUCGAUAUACUUGGAGCACAGCACAGUGAUAUAAAAAUAAGCAAACACUUGACCUUGGGGCCUGCUGCGUCAUGGCAAGCCCAAAUAUCAACUAUCGCUCCCUCGCCGAGGAGACUGCGAAUCCAUUUCGCGACGCACAAACACCAGCAACAACAACAACAGCAGCGAAAACAACAAUAACAAAAUCGGACGACGCAAAAUUAUUUACAGCUGCUGCGCAUUUAAAUGAUGAUGUUGUUGGCCAUGACGAGGAGCACUUGGUGCUGGAGCACGAGAACGAGGACACGCCACGGGACAUGAUGAUCCACAUUGUGCCGGAGAUGGGCAAGGAAUCGCAUCGCUGGAAUCACAUCGAGGAUCUCGAUUCGUUCUUCUCCCGCAUGUACAACUAUCAGCAGAAGCAUGGAUUUCGCGUCAUCGUUUUGGACGAGGUGUUUCAGGUGCUGGAAUUUGGGUUUGUUGUCUGGCUGCUCACCUUUGUGACGCACUGCAUCCGGCACGAUGUGCUCUUUGGCAAUGUGUCGCCGGAGCACAAUUCGAAUCGAACGAAAACAACGAUCAGCGAUGUGAUUAUCCCUCGGGGCGAAUGCAUCAAAAGUUUCGGCAUCUUCACCUACCUGAUCAUCUUCUUGGCGGCCAUCUAUUUGGGCAUACGUCUGCUGAAGAUGAUCUAUCACAUUACACAGUAUGCGGACAUUAGGCGCUUCUACAAUCAGGCGUUGCGCAUCGAGGACAGCGAUCUGGACAACAUCACCUGGCACGAUGUCCAGCAGCGGACAAGGAAAGUGCAGGCGGAGCAGCAUAUGUGCAUUGACAAGGAGCUGCUCACCGAACUGGACAUCUACCAUCGGGUGCUCCGCUUCAAGAACUAUCUCGUGGCUCUCAUGAACAAACAGCUGCUCCCAGUGCGCUUCCAUCUGCCCCUGAUUGGCGAGGUCGUCUCCCUCAGCCGUGGCAUGUUGUUCAACAUUGAUUUCAUACUCUUUCGGGGACCGGGCUCACCGUUCCAGAACAAUUGGCAGCUGCGCGACGAGUUCGCCGUGCGCAGCAAUCAAACGGAACUCGCCCAGCGCCUGUCCAAGCUGAUAUUGGGCGUGGCACUGGUGAAUCUGCUGCUGGCGCCAGUCAUCUUUCUGUGGCAGCUGAUCUACUUUAGUUUCUCCUACGCGAACAUUUUGCGCAAGGAGCCAAGUGCCUUGGGGCUGCGCACCUGGUCCAACUAUGGACGUCUCUAUUUGCGCCAUUUCAAUGAGCUCGACCACGAGCUAGAUGCCCGACUGAAUCGUGCCUACGAGUAUGCGGAUCGCUAUCUGAGUUCCUUCUCCUCACCGCUGGCGGCGGUAAUUGCCCGCAAUUUCCUGUUCGUCAGUGGUGGUGUACUGCUCCUAAUCCUGGCAUUUGGCAUCUAUGACGAGCAUGUCUUCCAAGUGGAGCAUGUGCUGACCAUCAUUGCGGUGCUGACCGUUAUCGGCGUCAUCUGUCGCACCCUCAUCCCCGACGAGAACCUCAUUUGGUGUCCCGAGCAACUAAUGACCGCCAUUCUUGCCCACGUCCACUAUCUGCCGACAGAGUGGAAGCAACAGGCGCACACCGCCCAUGUCCGCAACGAGUUCGGCAAUUUCUUCCAAUUCAAGGCGGGCUAUUUGCUCAGCGAGAUCUUUAGCCCCUUUGUCACACCCUUUGUGCUCAUCUUUGUCUUCCGGCCCAAGGCCAUGGAGAUUGUCAAGUUCUUCCGCAGCUUCACUGUAUCUGUGCGUGGCGUUGGCAAUGUGUGCUCCUUUGCCCAAAUGGAUGUGCGCAAACAUGGCAAUCCGGACUGGCAGAUCACCAAUAGUGGCUUCAUGGAUGUGCCAGGCUUGAUACCCGAGCAACAGCCUCAGCAGCAGCAGCAGCAGCAGCCAGGAUAUCAGCAGACGCAGCAGAGCAUGGUUGGCGGCAAGACGGAAAUGUCGCUGGUGCGUUUCACGCUUAAUAAUCCCGAGUGGCAGAUGCCAAAGGAGGCUUCACAGUUCAUCAAGGGCAUACGAGAGCAUGCCAUCGAUGAGCUGGUCAAGGCGAAGACCGCGCCACAGGCGGCUGCACGCGACAAUCCGCUCACGCACAGCCUGAUCUCAUUCGGCAACAUUGGCGAGGAGUAUUGCUCCAUUGCCAAUUCGGUGCUCGCCGCCGAACUGAGUCCCGAGCAGCUGCAGCUCUCCCAAUCGAUGGCAGCAAGUCGUAGCGGCAAUCCAGAUGUCUCUGGUGCCGCUGCUGGCGUCGGCAGCGAUUUCCGGCAUAUGCUGCAGCAGAAUCUGGGCGAGCCGAUGAGCAGCACCAGCUUUCGGCGCAUGUCCAGCAGCAUGGGUCCGGCGGACAGCAUGCGCCGACUGCGCCUCAGCAAGGCCGAGGGUCGUAUUGAGGGGCCAGCGGACACACUGCUCUAUAGUCUGUAUGGGGUGGAGCCGCGUCUCGCCAAGAAUCCGAUUGGCGUCACCGUCGCCGAUAUGUGCCUUAGUGCCCUCUACCUGCACGAGCUGAGCCAGCAGAAGCGAAUGGCGCGCCAGUCGCGCAUCGAUGAGGCCGAGGAGCUGCCCGGUCCGAGCAAUAGGCCGCCACGCCCACAUGACCCCGCUGGAUCUAGAAUGGGGUCUGGAACUGGAUCUGGAACUGGUUCUGGAUCUGGAUCGAUGUCUGGGUCGCGCCAUACCGUGAUUACCUCAAAGGCUGCCGAGAGCACGCCGCUGCUGGGCAACAUACGUUCAUAGCAGCGACCCGUUUGGAUCUAAUAAUCCUAGAGCUUAAGGACAACAAAAACAAAAACAACAACAACAAGAAGAAGAAAAACAAGUAGAUGAUGAAGAAGAAAAACAACAAAUUAUUUACAUAUUAACUACAACUCUGCUAUUAGUUUUUAAGUUGUAAAGUGUGUGUUUGUGUGAAUCAGACGACGAUGUCUAGUUAUAUCUAGCUAUAUCUAAUACGAAAAGCAAUAAAUCAACUGCGUCAACGAA